CCGCUUUCGACCUCUUGUAGGUACCUAACGACGUGACCAACCUAGCGUAUAAUUUUCCCUAACAAUGCUGGCCGCCAAGUCAGUCGUUGGCCAGCGCGCCUUCAAGGCGUCCGCUGCGCGCACAGCCCCCAAGGUCGCGCGCCGCGCUGUAGUUGUCCUUGCGCGUAAGAAUGAGGUUAGCGAGUCGUAUGCUAAGGCGCUGGUGGAGCUGGCUGACGAGAAGGGCAAGCUCGAGGCAGUGCAUGCUGAUGUGGACGCGGUCGCUAGCCUGGUGAAGGAGAACAAGAAGCUUGCUGAGCUAAUCAUGAACCCCGUCGUCGACAACGAGAAGAAGCGCGCUGUGCUGGCCAAGAUCGCCAAGGAGGCAGGCUUCCAGCAGUACACGGUGAACUUCCUUAACUUGCUGGUGGAGAAGGACCGUCUCUCGCUUGUCCCUGAGAUCUGCGAGUGCUUCGAGGACUUGUACUGCGGCAUGACGGACACCCAGGUCGCUACCCUGCGGUCGGCCGUUAAGCUCGAGCAGGAGCAGCAGUUCCUCAUUGCCAAGAAGUUGCAGGAGCUCACGGGCAGCAAGAACAUUAAGCUGAAGCCCGUCAUCGACCAGAGCCUUAUCGCUGGAUUUGUGGUGGAGUAUGGCAGCAGCCAGAUCGACCUGUCCAUUCGCGGCCAGAUUGAGCGCGUCGCAGACCAGCUGACGAAGGAGAUGACCGCCAAGCUGGCGUAAGCUUUGGGCAUGCGAUGCUUAUGAGCUAGUUGUAGCUACAGAGGGGAAUAUUGGAGCCGGCAUGGACCGCAACUCCCAGCAGCGCCAGGGCGGUCAAGCAUGGGUGCGGGGUACUGACAGCGCAGGCCGAGGCUCAGUGUCCUUUAGACAGGAUCUACCUUCAUAUAACGAGGGCAUAAGAUAGAAUGCACGUGGCUGCAUGUAGGGCGAGCCUCGGGGUGGUAGGGGUCUGGGCCUGCAUGGAAGCCAUUGCAAGAGGAGAGCAAAGAAUUUUGUUGUGAGGCUGCAGGCAUUUUGCAGUAUGUUUCGCUGACACCGAGAAUUUCGUUGGGUACAAGUCUUGCCUAGAGGGAGUGGUGCCCAUGAGUGUUUAUCUGGGGUUUGGGCCUUGUGGGUCACCUUCAGGUGCUGGUAACACGGACAUUCCCACGUACGGACACUUUAGCAUAAUGCCUGUACCAAUGCAUGUUGGUGCAUGGGAGUUGUUAAAUUUCAUGGGUGCUGCUUUGCCCGUUGUAACACCAAGAGAAGCCUUGGGAUGGUACGAGCAUGGGUGGCCCUCCGUGACCCUCCGUGAAUAGCGCGGAAUGACCCAUGGGUGCAGUGUGCACGUAUGUGCCGUAACCAUAGCCGUGUAGCAGGCGGGGACUGCACGAGAUUUGCUGCCAUCGGCCGCUAGCUUGCAUGGACUAGGGUACUGCUUGCAUGGACUGUUGUUCGUUGCCCCGUGGAUGCCGGAUGCCGGACAGAUCUAGAUGCCUCACGCCCUGGCUUGCAGAGGAGUUCGUCGUUAACCGGUCAGCGAAAUCGCUUGUCCAAGGCCCACUAAGGAGUGCUCAUAUACCAUCAAACGCAGCAGCGAUAGGCUAAGCUUAACCCCAGCAGAUUUAGGUUUACUUGCUUGGUUGCUUUGCCACCAGCGCAUAAUAUUACGCAAACAAUAUUACAGCUAGUUGAUUGUUAGGACUGAUUUCGUCGUGUAUAUUGACACAAGCAAAUACUGCCCCAUGCAAGGCGACCUGUAGGUAUUCCGUGAAGUGCUCCGUCCGCGAUGUCGACUGAACAGCAGCUUCAAGACCGUGAACAGCAGGAAGGCUAUAGGGCGCCACGAGUCUCCCUCACAAUACGCGACUUCAACAUCAACGGUCGUAUUGGCGAUGGCAGCUUCUCGACUGUCUUCUUGGCGCAGCAAAAGGAAACCGGGAAGCAAUAUGCGAUCAAAAUGAUGAAUAAACACCUCGUUAUGCGCAAUAAAAUGGUGGAGUACAUAAAAAACGAGAGGUUCAUCCUCGAUAAGUUGGACGACGCGGGCAUUGCAAAGCUGCACUUCACUUUUCAGGACCCUGAUAACCUAUACUUGGGCAUGGAGUACUGCGCUGGUGGAGAGUUGUACGAGCAGAUCCACAGGCUCGGUCGGCUGCCGCUGGCCUCCGUGCGCUUCUACGCGGCCGAGGUGGUGCUCAUACUGCAGUACCUGAGGCAGGCGGGGGUGGUGCACCGCGACCUGAAGCCCGAGAACCUGCUGCUCUCAGGCGACGGCCACCUGCGACUCAUCGACUUCGGCAGCGCCAAGGCCUACUUCCUGCCGCAGGCGGAGAAGCCGCCGGGCAAAAACCGCGCCACCUCCUUCGUGGGUACCGCCGAGUACGUGUCGCCCGAGGUGCUGCUCAACCAGCCGCUGUCCUACCCGGCGGACCUGUGGGCGCUGGGCUGCAUGGUCUACCAGAUGAUAGUGGGCAAGCCUCCCUUCAAGGGCGCCAGCGAGUACCUCACCUUCCAAAAGGUGUCCGAACGCGACUUCAGGUUCCCGGGUGACCCACGGGUCGGCGAUGACCCGGCGGACCCGCAGCUGGACGCCGUGGAGUACCCGCCGGAUGCGCGCGACCUCACCGACCGCCUGCUCGCCAUGGAGCCCUCGGCGCGCAUCGGCGCGGAGGACCUCUCCGAGCUCAAGUCCCACCCCUUCUUCGCCGGCAUCGACUGGGCCACCCUGCGCUCGCAGCCCGCCCCCGACUACCUGCCUCCGCCGCCCCCCGGGUGUGGUGGCGAGGAGGAGGGGCUGGACUGGGAGCUCACCUCGCUGGUGAGGGACGCGGCGGAAGGGGCGGGGCGGUGAUGAGGGGGGACGCGGCGGUGAGGGGCGUGAGGAGGAGGAAACCGAUUCGAAACCGUGAUGUAGAUCGAGGCAUCAGGGAGAGGAGGCGGCGAGGAGUGCGUUCCUGAGCUGGGCUUGGCUGAGGAUUUGUGCGAACUGGGGCUUUAGGG